CUGUACUGUACGUGCAAAUGCAUGUGUGUGUCUGUAGUCUCUCUGUGUGUUCUUGUUGAUAUUUUCCUUAAGCCUUUAAUGCCAUGGAACCACUUCUAUCAUGAUCUAUGAGCUGCCCAACUUUCAUCCGCCUCCUUUAACACAGCCUCCCUCUAUUGGGUUCACAUUUAUAAGCCCAGACACCCAGCUUGAAGUACACCAUUUGUGGCUUCAAAAUGGGUUGUAAGUUUGGUGGAGCACCGCUGGUUCUGGCCUUUGCUUUGGCCCUUUUCACUGGCUCCAGCGCUCAAGACCUGCCAGAAACCCUUGUGCCUGCAAUCGUGACAUUCGGCGACUCGGCUGUCGAUGUCGGCAACAAUGACUACAUCCAUACCAUCUUCAAGGCUAAUUACCCACCUUAUGGCAGAGAUUUCGUCAACCAGCAGCCAACUGGGAGGUUCUGCAAUGGAAAAUUAGCCACUGAUAUCACUGCUGACACUCUGGGAUUCACUACUUACCCACCGGCAUAUCUCAGCCCCCAGGCUUCCGGGAAAAACCUUCUCAUCGGUGCCAACUUUGCUUCUGCUGCAGCUGGCUAUGAUGACAAAACAGCCAUCUUGAGCCAUGCGAUUCCUUUGUCACAGCAGCUGGAGUACUACAAGGAGUACCAAGGAAAGCUAGCACAAGUAGCAGGUAACCAGAAAGCAGCAUCCAUUCUGAAAGAUGCUCUAUACAUAUUGAGUGCUGGAAGCAGUGACUUUCUUCAGAACUAUUAUGUGAAUCCUUACCUCAAUAAAGUCUUCACCCCUGAUCAGUAUGCCUCCUACCUCGUCGGCAUAUUUUCGAGCUUCAUCAAGGACCUCUAUGAUCUGGGAGCGAGAAGAGUAGGGGUGACUUCACUGCCACCGAUAGGUUGUCUUCCAGCAGCCAUCACUCUGUUUGGAUUUCAUGAGAGUGGCUGUGUGUCCAGGAUCAACACUGAUGUUCAAGGGUUCAACAAGAAGAUCAACUCUGCUGCAAAUAGUCUCCAGAAGCAACUACCUGGUCUCAAAAUUGCCAUCUUUGACAUUUUCAAGCCCCUCUACGACCUAGUUCAGAAUCCUUCCAAAUAUGGUUUUGCAGAAGCAAGGAGAGGUUGCUGUGGUACAGGGACAGUGGAGACAACAUCAUUGCUGUGCAAUCCCAAGUCGCUGGGAACUUGUAGUAAUGCUACGCAGUAUGUGUUCUGGGACAGUGUUCAUCCAUCUCAGGCUGCUAAUCAAGUUCUAGCCGAUUCCUUGAUCACCCAAGGAAUCAAUCUCAUUGGCUGAUUGAGCCUAAAUUCUCUACAUUGAUGCAUGCUAGGCCACAAGACUCUCCGUAAUACUUAAUUUUCCCAUCCUUAGUUCAUAGGAGAGAUAAAGGUUUGUGUGAUGUAUUGUUGCAUGUGUUUAUUGUGUAAUAAGGACUUUCAAGAGUCCAAAAUGGCUAAGAAAUGCACGGGUGAAAAACUAUCUUCCCACAGUCAAGAGUUGAUGCUUAUAGAACAAGCUUGAUAAAUGGAGGAGGAAUGAGAAAGUUGGAGUA